CAAAUAAUUUGAGCACAGUGGAAUGACUUUCUACGCUGAUAAACCAGAUUGGAAGGAUAUAACUCCCAUUCCGCUGCCGUACAGUGAGAAUGAGCCGGUUGUUCAGAUCAUGUACUCUGAUAGGUUCAAAGAUGUGUACAGCUACAUGGCGGCUAUAAUGCAGAAUAAAGAGUACAGCGAGCGUGCACUGGCCCUCACCACAGACGCUAUAGAGUGUAAUGCUGCUAACUACACAGUCUGGCACUAUAGGCGGGAAAUCCUCAGACAUCUUAAAGUGGAUCUCCAAGACGAAAUGACGUUCACAGAAUCCGUAAUCGACGAUCAACCGAAAAACUACCAGGUGUGGCAUCACAGAAGAUGUAUUAUAGAGAUGAAAGGAGAUCCAUCUGGAGAGCUAGAACUCACUGAAUACACCCUGUCAAGUGACGCUAAGAAUUACCACGCAUGGGAUCACCGACAAUGGGUGCUAUCUCAAUAUAAAAUCUGGGAUAAAGAACUCGAGUAUAUUGACGAAUUGUUAACAAAAGAUUUGAGGAACAACUCAGCUUGGAAUCACCGAUACUUUGUCAUUGAAAAUUCACAAGGGUGGAGUAAAGAAACUGUCAAUAAGGAGCUGGAGUACGCUGGCACUUACAUCAAGAAAGCUCCCAACAACGAGUCCUCCUGGAACUACGCUCGAGGAAUCAUCAAGAAGAACAAGAUGAAAUACUCAGACUUCCCCUCUUUCAAGGAGUUAUGCGGAGGUAUGAACGAGUCCCACAUUCCAUCUCCCUUCCUUCUUAGUACACUAGCUGACAUACAUGUAGAAGAGGGCAACAACACCGCUGCUAGCAACGUAUUCGAAAAGUUAAAAGAUCUGGACAGUAUCAGAGUGAAGUACUGGACUUUCAAGCAAAACCAACUCCCAGUUGGUUCUUAAGAGUCAAGGAACUCGGAGAGAAUCCGUAUUGCUAGGUGUUGUCCCCGUUUGAGUUGUUGAGCUAACAGACGGGCUGUUAUCAUAUUGUAUUAGCUGAUACGUGUUGUAAAGGGUGACAUGUGCAAAGAUGAGAGCGUCUCUAAAUAUUAUAUUUCCUUCUUUUAUUUUGUAAAUUUUGUAAUUUGAUAAUAAUUGAUCUCUUGACCAACUUUGUUUGA